AGUCUAUUCACCAUGUUAUCUCCGUCUCUGGCUAUUCUGGCUUUGUUGCCUUCGGCGAACGCUCUUUUGAGGAAGGAUGGCGUGGGUCGACUGCCAGCACUUGGCUGGAACAGUUGGAACGCCUUCGGAUGUGACGUGGAUGCAGACAAGAUCAUGGCAGCCGCUAAUGAGAUGGUCAAUCUGGGUUUGAAGGAUCUUGGAUACGAAUAUGUGAACAUCGACGACUGCUGGUCCAUCAAGGGCGCGAGAAACAGCACGACGGGCCGCUUGAUGUAUAACUAUACUACAUUCCCAGACGGUAUCUCGGGUGUCGCAGACCAGGUACACGAUCUUGACUUGAAGAUCGGUAUUUACAGCAGCGCCGGCGAGACUACUUGUGCAGGCUACCCCGCCAGUCUUGGACACGAAAAGAUUGACGCCGAAACCUGGGCCGAGUGGGGAAUCGACUACCUCAAAUACGAUAAUUGUGGCGUUCCGACAAACUGGACUGAUAAGUACACAGCUUGUGUUCCCGAUGGCUCUGGCAACUUCCCCAACGGAACAUGCCCGGGUCUGACAGACGCAGCUCCUCCUGGCUACGACUGGACCAAGUCGAAGACAUACACCCGCUACACCAGAAUGCGUGAUGCCCUGCUCGACCAGAGUCGAACGAUCUUCUAUUCCCUUUGUGACUGGGGAGAUGCAGAUGUUAAUACCUGGGGCAAUGCAACUGGUAACUCGUGGCGCAUGUCUGGUGAUAUUCAAGCAUACUGGGGCCGAAUUGCAGAGAUUGCCAACGAGAACAGCUUCAAGAUGAACUAUGUUGGUUUCUGGGGUCAUCCCGAUCCCGAUAUGCUUGAGAUUGGCAACGGCAAUGUCACCGACGCUGAAGGACGCUCUCACUUCGCUUUGUGGGCUGCUAUGAAAGCCCCUCUUAUCAUUGGUACUGCGCUCAACAAUCUGAGUGAUGCCAACCUGGCUACUAUUAAGAACAAAUAUCUUAUCAAGUUCCAUCAAGAUCCAGUCGUCGGUCGCUCCGCGCACCCCUACAAGUGGGGCUAUAAUCCAGACUGGACAUUCGAUCCUGCUCACCCCGCCGAAUACUGGUCCGGUCCGUCAUCGAACCUCGGGGGAACUCUAGUCCUGAUGCUUAACUCGGAGGAGAAGACUGCCACCCGUACCGCUAUUUGGAAAGAGAUUCCUGAGCUCAAGGGUGGCCACUCGUAUCAUGUUAUUGAUGCUUGGAACGGGAAGGAUCUGGGUUGUGUGAAGUCGCAUUAUAGUACCUCCUUGGAGAGCCAUGACUCGGCUGUUUUGGUGGUCAAGGGCGCUUGUUAA